GCCAUUGGCAUUGGGUCUUGCCUCCCUGGAGGUUAUCUGGUGCCUGUAGGAGGCCCGGCUGACUAUGUCCACGUCCACAGAGGUGGCGGGCAGGUUCCUGGUGUCGGAGACCUCCACGCACUUGCUAGUGUUUGGCAUGGAGCAGCGGCUGCCGCCUAACAGCGAGCUGGUGCAGGCCGUGCUGCGGCUGUUCCAGGAGCCGGUCCCCAGAACUGCCCUCCGGAGGCACGAGAGGCUGUCCCCAUACAGCGCCCGAGCCCGGGUCACCAUCGAGUGGCUGAGAGUCCGCGAGGACGGCUCCAACCGCACCGCCCUCAUCGACUCCAGGCUGGUGUCCGUCCACGAGAGCGGCUGGAAGGCCUUCGACGUGACGGAGGCCGUGAACUUCUGGCAGCAGCUGAGCCGGCCGAGGCAGCCGCUGCUGCUGCAGGUGUCGGUGCAGCGGGAGCACCUGGGCCCGGGGACGUGGAGCGCGCACAAGCUGGUCCGCUUCGCAGAGCAGGGGCCGCCGGGCGGCGAGGGGCGGGGCGAGCCGCAGCUGGAGCUGCACACGCUGGACCUCAAGGACUACGGAGCUCAAGGCAAUUGUGACCCCGAGGCCCCGGUGACUGAAGGCACGCGAUGCUGUCGUCAGGAGAUGUACCUGGACCUGCAGGGGCUGAAGUGGGCCGAGAACUGGAUCCUAGAACCUCCAGGUUUCCUGACUUACGAGUGUGUGGGCAGCUGCCUGCAGCCACCGGAGUCCCUGACCAUCAGGUGGCCGUUUCUGGGGCCGCGGCAGUGCAUUGCCUCCGAGAUGACCUCCCUGCCCAUGAUUGUCAGCAUCAAGGAGGGAGGCAGGACCAGGCCUCAGGUGGUCAGCCUGCCCAACAUGAGGGUGCAGAAGUGCAGCUGUGCCUCGGAUGGGGCGCUCAUUCCCAGGCGGCUGGAGGAGCCAUAGGCGCGGGUGUGGCUGCCCCAAGGAUGCGACGUUCGUGUAUAUCUGAAGUACCAGGAGAGAGGGGGAUUCUGAAUCCUUGCUGUCUCCUAACCAGCCUCAUCCCUAAAUUUUACCUUCAAGGAAUGUGACUCGCUGGCCACUAGAGGGCCCGACCUAGUCGUCUCUGUCCUUCAUCUUGUUCACUGCACUAUAUGCUAAGCACUUACAUGGAUAGUUACUGUAAGCCAAGGGCAGAAUUCCUAAUUGUCAUUGUUCCCUCAACCUGUCACUGGAUCUUGACUGAGCCCCAGUCUUGACUCUGGACCUAAGACCCAAGUGUAUCAAACAUGCUGGAUGUGAAUAAAAUGUUUUGUUUUGUAA